CCGAGUGCGGCCGGUCGGUGGCCCGGUCCCGUAGCAUCUGUCACUCAUGGCGGCGGCGUUUCCGCAGCAGCGGCCGGCCGAGGCCCGGGCCCGGAACUUGCCCUGGGUUGAAAAGUACCGGCCACAGACCCUAGGCGAUCUCAUUUCUCAUCAGGACGUUCUGAGUACUAUUCAGAAGUUCAUCAGUGAAGACCGCCUGCCACACCUGCUUUUCUAUGGCCCUCCGGGGACAGGAAAGACGUCCACCAUCCUGGCCUGUGCCAAGCAGCUGUACAAAGAUAAGGAAUUUGGCUCCAUGGUCUUGGAGCUGAAUGCUUCCGAUGACCGAGGAAUAGAUAUCGUUCGGGGGCCAAUCCUCAGCUUUGCCAGCACAAGGACAAUCUUCAAGAAAGGAUUUAAGCUUGUGAUCCUGGAUGAAGCUGAUGCCAUGACUCAAGAUGCCCAGAAUGCCUUGAGACGAGUGAUCGAGAAGUUCACAGAGAACACCAGGUUUUGCCUCAUCUGUAACUACCUGUCCAAGAUCAUCCCUGCGUUGCAGUCAAGGUGCACAAGGUUCCGAUUUGGCCCUCUGACGCCUGAACUCAUGGUUCCUCGCCUGGAGCAUGUAAUAGAACAGGAGAAUGUUGAUAUAAGUGAAGAUGGAAUGAAGGCCCUUGUCACUCUGUCCAGUGGGGAUAUGCGAAGGGCUUUGAACAUUCUGCAGAGUACCAAUAUGGCCUUUGGGAAGGUGACAGAAGAGACUGUCUACACCUGCACCGGGCAUCCCCUUAAGACAGACAUUGCCAACAUUCUGGACUGGAUGCUAAAUCAAGACUUCACCACUGCCUACAGAAACAUCAUGGAGCUGAAGACUCUGAAGGGCUUGGCUCUGCAUGACAUCCUGACCGAGGUUCACCUGUUUGUGCACAGAGUUGACUUUCCAUCUUCAGUUCGGAUACAUUUACUGAUCAAGAUGGCAGACAUUGAGUAUAGACUUUCCGUUGGCACCAAUGAGAAGAUACAGCUGAGCUCCCUCAUUGCUGCUUUUCAAGUCACCAGAGACCUGAUAGUCUCAGAGGCCUAGCCACUCCAAGGCCUGCUGGCCCUGCCUCAGGCCCAACAGUGACAGAGGACUUGCUCACUGGUGAAGUACUGCCCUGGACUACUGAUAAAGAUGGUCACAGAAGUCUCUCCCCAGGCAUUUGGGCAGUGCUAUCUGUGGCUUUUUGGAGCGGGACCUACCAAGCAACUUUAAUUCGUAACUAUCCACACUGCUUGUCUUUUGUAGGGAAAAAUAAAUCUUUUUGGGGGUGGGGGGAGAAAUGCUUUAAAUCUUUACUGUCAGUUGCCGAGUUGACAAAAUUGGCCUUACCUCAGGUCUGCAGUGUGAUGUUCAAAUUGAACAACCCUUCAGGUGUCUUCCAACUUAGGGUCUGCAUCCCUGAAUUUAAACUUUCUCACUUUUGAAUGGGUGCUAGUGGGUUUCUGAUCAAAACUGUUUUGUUACAAAGUUUCAAAUCGGUCUUUUGCCCAGUGUGGUUACAUGCCUAUAGCCUCAGGACUCAAGAGGCUGAGGCAGAAUUACCAGCCAAUUGUAGGCCAGCCUGCUGAGAUAAACCCUAUCAGAAACAAAACAA